GUGUGGUAUAAAUAGACUGUCAAAUAAAAUUUUAGUCACAAAAUUCUAUUUUUAUGCCAUUUAUCCUCUCAAAAUGAGAAAUUACAUGAGAAGAUAUUCAGUUGAAGACUACAAGGGCUAGGUGGUGUUGGUGAGAGUGCUUAAAAAUGUCUGGUGAACAUAAAACUGUGAUUAAAGGAAAUUCUUCCAAAUAUGUCAAACUCAAUGUUGGGGGUUCCCUACAUUAUACCACUAUUGGGACCCUUACCAAGCAGGACACUAUGCUUAGAGCAAUGUUUAGUGGUAGAAUGGAAGUGCUCACUGAUUCAGAAGGAUGGAUUCUGAUUGACAGAAAUGGUCAAUAUUUCGGAUAUCUAUUGAAUUUUUUGAGAGACGGAACAGUUGCCCUUCCAGAGAGCCGUCGAGAGUUACUUGACCUGUUGCAGGAAGCGAAAUAUUUUCUCGUGCAAGACCUUGUCAAGCUUGUUGAGGCUCACCUUAAAAGGCUCGGGAAAGAUGAUGUGGAGCCUAAGUGUCGCAUUCCACUAAUCACCUCUCAGAGGGAGGAACAGAGUCUCAUUGCUACAACUGUUAGGCCUGUCAUCAAGCUUAUCUGCAACAGACACAACAACAAGUAUUCCUACACCCCAAAUUCGGAUGAAAAUUUCUUGCGAAAUAUUGAGCUGUUUGACAGAUUGGCUCUGCGAUUUAGUGGGCGUGUCCUGUUCUUAAAGGAUGUGUUAGGGAGCAGCGAAAUCUGCUGCUGGUCAUUUUAUGGACAUAAUCAGAAAAUAGCAGAAGUCUGUUGCACUUCCAUUGUGUACGGAGAACAAAAGAAACACACAAAGGUUGAGUUUCCGGAAGCAAAGAUAUUUGAGGAGGCAUUAAACUGCCUGUUGUACGAGAAUCGCCACUCGCGUCCUGACCUGGAGCUCAUGGAGGCAACAAGGAUGGGCAGCGGGGCUUCAGCUUCGCAGAGUGAUGAGGAAAUUGAGGAAAUGCUUGAUCGCAUGAGGACGUCAAACAACAGGAAAUGACGGCCAUGCCUAAAUGAUGGUAUACAUGCUGUGGCCAUGUCAUCAUUGUUGUUGAAAAGACUUGUUCGAUUUUUGAGAACAAAUGGACUUCUGUAAAAUCUUAACAGAAACUGCUACUAUAGGCCUAGAUCAGCAUUCUGCUAUAAGAUAAUGGUUACAAAAUACCAUUGAGAUCAUGCUUUUACGCACCAUGUGCUUGUGUUCAGUGAUGGCAUUUUGAUACUGGUAUAUUGAACAAAUUUGUUUGCUUUUGAUGAUUAAAUCAGUUAAUCUAUGAUAAAUACCAAUGUGUACUGUGUUUUGUGUUUGUACAUGUGUUUAGUUUAUCAUGUAUGGUUCAUAAUCUAAAUGCCAUUUCUUGUACAAUACAAACUUUUCUGGUCUUGAUUGCUCUCAUUUUGAUAAAAAAAAAUCCAUUUUAGAUUGAUUACCAAAUGCUUUUGCUUUUAAAUAUAUAAGGACUGAUCCUCUCCCACACUCGUAUAAUGUGAUUGAUCAAGGUUCAUCAUUUAGUAAAAAGAAAUAUAUAUCAUUUUAAUAAUUUAAAAAAAAGAAGCAUUCUUUUCUUAAAUGUCUGGAUAGUCAUCAUUAAGCAUAAUCUUAACUAGAUUUUCUACUGUAAAUCGAGUUCAUUGGAUUUUUAGACUAUGGUAUAUCUAUGUGAAGGUCAUUUAAGUUACAAUGUUGAUACAAUUAUUUGCAAAAAUGAAUAUUUUUUUAUAGAUUUAUUUCUUAUUAUUAUAUUAUAAUUUUAUAUGUGGAUGUUACUGUCAUUGUGUUAUAGUGUCUUGUUGUACACUGUUUUGGUCAUGUGUCUGUUGGCUGUUUUAUCAAUGAAUCGUUUUAGUACCAUUGAUAUUUAUUUCUUUAUAUUUGUUUUGUUAGUUUUUUCCGAGCCGGCCCCUGAAGUUUUAGUUAGAUGGCCCCGAAGAAGGGCAUGUUAAAAUCGCAUUGUCCAUCCCUGCAUCCAUCCAUCUGUCACUUUGUCAUGCUGGGAGUGAUUUUAAAAUUACUUGGCACAUUUGUUCUGUACAUACAGGGUAAAGACAAUAUGUCGCUUGCAAGACCGGGUCCCUACCUCAAAGGUCAAGGUCACACUUACAGGUUUAUCAUUAUGGAAUGCUAUUGAUAUGCAUAUACAGUACAGUCGGUCAUUUCCAGCAGUUACUUUGUCAUGCACCAAGGAAUUUUAAAAUAGAUUGGUACAAAUGUUCGGUUCAAAAAGGGGAUGGCCCCAUCAUGUUAUGUGUGCAAGACCUACAACCCUUUAUCGAAGCCUUAGCCUCCGGGCUUUCACUUUGUCAUGACCGGAGGGAUUUUGAAUUACUUGGCACAUGUCUUUGGUACAUAAAGACAAUGUGUCAUGUGCAAGACUCAUGUCCCUAUUAAAGGUUUAUCAUUUUUGAAUGUGCAUAUACAGUAAAGUUAGUCAUGUCCAGGCUGUUACUUUGUCAUGCACGGAGGGAUUUUAAACUAAAAUUGUAUUGAACUGUUGAGUACAUAACGACUCUAACACAAAGACUGAGGACACACUUAGAGAUACAUCAUUAUGGAAUGCUACAAUAAUGCACAGAGAGUAUAGGCAGUCAUGUCAUUGCAUUAUCUUUUUCAUGCACUUAGGGAUUUUAAAAUUAAUGGGCACAUGUGAUUGCUACAUAAUGACUACUUGUCACAUGCAAGGCCAAAGUCCCUACCUUAAAGGUCAAGGUCGCACUUACAGGUUUAUCAUUAUGGAGUGCUGCAUGAUGAUACAGUAUACUUGGUUUUGGCCAUGGUGUAACUUUGUCAUGAACAACGGGAUUUUAAAAUUACUUGGUACAUAUGUUCGGUACAUGAUGUGUUGUGUUCAAGAUGAACGUCCCCACAGAUGCCCAUAGAUAGGGAACAGUUGGUUGUGUCCCGGCUAUAUCUUUGAUGCAUGGAGAUGUUUUAAAAUUACAUUACAAGAACUGUGUCCCUUCCUCUUUCUGCAUUUUUCUUCCACAGUUGACAUCAACCAUCAUGGGGGCCAACAUGUGCUUAUAGUUUAUGAUAGCUCUUCCUGAAUGGAAUUGGAUUGAGUUUCGGGGGCAUUCUUCACUUAAUGUGACAGCUUUUACAAACUGUACUGAUAAUUUAGACAGUUUAUGAACUCAUUUUAUUUACCUAAAUGAAGUAAGCUUUUCUUGAAUCAAUGAUAUAGAUGCUGUUGAAAGUUUUCAUUUUAUUCUUUAAACUAUCAGUAAAAAACUGUAAAAGAUAUUCUGUAACAGGUAACUUUAACAUGAUUGUUCUAAGAAAUAGCAGUUUGUUGUAACUGAUGUUCAAUAUCGUAGGAAAUUCAAUCUUCAAAUGCUUUUUUCAAUAUCGCUCCUGUGUGGAUUUUGUAACUUAUGUUGUUUUGAUAGUUUACAGAUUUGACACCUUGUUGUGUGUCUGCUUUGAUUUGGAUAGGCUUAAGUAUUUUCUGUGAUAUCAGUUUGUGUAAAUCUGUUAUGCUAUUGGUCAGUACCUAGUUCUAGUUGCAAUCUGUUAUUGGUAUUUUAGUGUAUGAGACGUUAUUGUUACUUUUGAUCUAGGCAUUCGGUAUUCAUAUGAUAUCUUGAGUCAUUUCCUAGCUAAAGACAUAUGCUGGAUUUAAGCAUCUUACUUGUCAUUUGAUAAUAUAACUAAAUAAUAUCUAAAUUAUUUAGUUGCAUUACCUCUAUGUAAUAUACUUACUUUAAAUUAAAACACGUGUCCUUCUGUUUAAAUUUGACUGUGAACAUUUUAGGAAUCAACUGAAAUUAAGAAAUGACUUUUUAAGAUGUAAAUAAGUUGUUUUAUGACUACCCAUCCAGGUAUGUAAAUUAUCUCCUUUUUCAUUUUACAGGAAACUAUUAAUAACAUGUCCAUGUAAGGGCAGUUUCUGCUUAUUUUUAGCCAAUUGUUCAGAACUUGUUUAAGCUAACAGUCAAUUCAACAGCAUCUUCAUCACCAGAUCAUUGUUAACUUUUAAAGGUAAACUAUUGUGCUUUAUAAAUUAUUGGAAUGAUAUAAAGUUUUUACGCCAAAAUGGAUCUAUCAGGUACCGGUUUUCAUUUGGUGCCAUCCAUAUAUUUAAAUUAAGUUGUCUUAAAUCUUCUUAGAAAAAUUAUCACACAUGAAACUCCCAGAGCAGUAAAUAUUUGAAAGUUAACAACGAUUCAGUUCUGAACAAUCAGGCUACUGACAUAUAUGUCAUUGUCAAAGUUUUGAUGUUAAGUGGAAUUUGUGUCUUUUAAUUAUUUUUCUCAUUAUUCAUGUACAGGGAAGGUGAACAAACAAACCACCACCUUAUGUACAUGUAUUUAAACAUUGAAGGCCAUUAUAGUAUUUUCAUCCAAGGAGUUUGUGGUCAGUGUUCAUCAUGUUGCACUGUAUGUCAUCUUAUUGUAUUGUACAUGUCUUCAAAUAUCCAGUAUAAAAUGGCUUCAACAUGCCUAGUUGCCUCCUUCAGACUUUAUGUAGACUUUGUAAACACCUUGGUUGGGGCGUGCUUUGCUAGGCAAACAUGUUGAUGUUGCCUUGUGAUACCAUGUGUGUUUUUAGGAUAUGCAUCUAUAUGCUAAGACAUGGUAAUAAAAUAUAAAUCCAUA